CCCAUUGGCCCUAUAAGCAUUAAUGGGCCUGAAAGCAACAACAGAAAUUGGAAUUAAAUAACGUUGGGUAUCUGUCUGUCACAUGCAACACAGACAACUUGAGAAUGGAUCAAUCAACAUUCACGUGCCAUGAUCCUCUCUUCCUCUUAUUUUGUCUCCUUCCACCAAUCCCAUAUCUUUCUCUAUUAUACAUCUCUAAUUAUCUCACUUUUAACAUAUAGUUUUUUUAUACAUCUUUAAUGACUAUAUAAACCAAACACUGAUCUUUUUCAGGUUGCGAAUAAACCAAGAAUGGCUUUAACCCAUCACAUCAUCUUCGUGGCACUUCUUGUCAUCUCCGUCAAAGCCAUCUCACCGGCGGCGAAACUGAAACCCAAACAAAUCGUUUCCACUUCUCCUCCACCUCCUCCAACAAUCUCUGCAGCAGCUAAAGCUUUCACCGAUGCGCACAACAAGGCCAGAGCCAUGGUUGGUGUUCCACCACUAGUUUGGAGCCAGACGUUGGAAGCUGCUGCGAGUCGGUUGGCUCGUUACCAGAGGAACCAAAAGAAGUGUGAGUUCGCGAGUCUAAACCCUGGAAAAUACGGCGCGAACCAGCUUUGGGCUAAGGGCUUAGUAGCCGUGACACCGUCUCUUGCUGUGGAGACUUGGGUGAAGGAGAAACCUUUCUACAAUUAUAAGUCAGACACGUGUGCUGCGAACCACACGUGCGGGGUUUAUAAACAAGUCGUCUGGAGAAACUCUAAAGAGCUCGGGUGUGCUCAAGCCACGUGUACGAAAGAGUCAACGGUGUUGACCAUUUGUUUUUACAAUCCUCCUGGAAAUGUAAUUGGCCAAAAGCCUUACUAGCAAAUUGGGAUUCAUCAUCAAAAGCUUUAAAUAAAGAGAGAAUUAUAUGGUUUUUUUGCUAAUCGUUUGGUUUAUCUAAAAAUCGAAUAUUAUUAUGCUAUGAUCUGAUUGAUGUUAAGCUGUGAAUUAAUGCCAAGUAACUGUGAG